AUGCAUAAAGCACAUUCCACUGUAAAACGUCGUAACGCAACAAUGGCAUGUGAUCCUUGUAGACAUGCUAAAACUAGGUGUACUCGCAUUCCUGACGGAUCUAUGUGCUUCAGAUGUUCUCAAAGAAAAGAAGAAUGUACUUACAUUAGGAUACAAAAAAAACGAGGACCGCGCCCACGUCAUCAUUUAUUUGAUUCUCUUGCCGAAAAAAUUGUGAUUUUAAGUGCUACAAGUAAUGGACCGUGUCCACAAGAAAAUAACGCAAUGCAUUUUUGUCAUCCUG